CGAACCGAUGCCGGUUCCCAGCCCGGUUUAGUCGAACUCUGAUGUAAAAGGUCACAGUUCGGAGCGGUUCGGAUGAAUGUUGGGCUUUACUCGGUGGGUCGGUUAGGUCCAGAUAGGUUCUGGUUCUGCUGUGGUUCGGUUCAAAGAAACAAUGUUUAAUGGGUUCUACGUCCUGUUGCUACGUCACUGAUCAAAGGUCCAACAGGUCAGAGUCCGAACUGGACUGGACCGGACCAGUCUGGGUUCGACCAAGGUCAGACAGGGUGUAACAGGUGCAGAUGCCCCGCCCACUCCCACACCUUCCAUCAAGCAGCGGCCGGCGGCAGGAACACGGACUACGCCUUCGAGAUGGCCAGCUCCAACAUCCGCUACGGAGUCGGGGUCAGCGCUGAGGUCGGCAUGGUAACCACCUUCUUCAUCAUUAUCAUCAUCACAGCAAGCCAAGGACGGGACAGACCAGAACCAGAACCAGAACCAGGAGGCGCUGCAGCUAACAGGAACAGAUCUGUUAAUUAAAAAACUUUCAAUUUUUUUAUCUUAGAUUUAAAAAACAUCAAAUAAAAUCAAACUAAAUGUGAAAUAAAGAAUCUCAAUGGAGCUGCAGAUUUUUGAUUUCCUUCACUAAGGAAGUCCGGUCAGAACCAGAACCAGGUCAAUACUGGGUUUACCCCCCAGGCGUCGGUCUCACCUGGGAUCCACCUCCAGGUUUCACAUGUCAGUCCGUUUGCAGGACCUCCAGAACCUGGGAGCCCAGAACGUGUGUCUGAUGACGGACCGGACCCUGACCCGCCUGCCGCCCGUUCAGGCCGUCCUGGAGUCCCUGGUGAGGAACCGGAUCCGUUUCCAGGUGUUUGACGACGUCCGGGUCGAGCCCAGCGACUCCAGUUUUAAAGAAGCAAUCUCAUUUGCGAAGAAGGACUCGUUCGACGUGUUUGUGGCGGUGGGCGGCGGCUCCGUCAUCGACACCUGUAAAGCCGCCAACCUGUACUCCUGCCAUCCUGACGCCGACUUCCUGGACUUUGUCAACGCUCCGAUAGGGAAAGGCAGGCCGGUAACCAGAGCCCUGAAGCCGCUCAUCGCAGUUCCAACCACCGCAGGCACCGGCAGCGAGACCACCGGGGUUGCCAUCUUCGACUACGAGCCUCUGAAGGCCAAAACAGGUAUCGCCAGCAGAGCGCUCCGGCCCACGCUGGGCAUCGUGGACCCACUGCACACUCUGAGUAUGCCCGAACGAGUCGCCGCCAACAGCGGCUUCGACGUGCUGUGCCACGCUCUGGAGUCCUACACCGCCCUGCCCUACAGCCAGAGGGCGCCCUGCCCCACCAACCCCAUCAACCGGCCCGCCUACCAGGGCAGCAACCCCAUCAGCGACGUCUGGUCCCGCCACGCCCUCAGUGUGGUCUCCAAGUACAUGAAGCGGGCGGUGCGGGACUCGGAGGACUUGGAGGCUCGCUCCAGCAUGCACCUGGCCAGUGUGUUUGCUGGGAUCGGCUUCGGGAACGCCGGAGUCCAUCUGUGCCAUGGGAUGUCCUACCCCAUCGCUGGGAAUGUGAAGACUCACACAGCCAGGGGCUACAGCGUGGAGCACCCCCUGGUGCCUCAUGGACUCUCUGUCGUUCUAACGGCGCCGGCCGUCUUCAGCUUCACUGCACCCAUGUGCCCAGAGCGCCACCUGGAGGCCGCUGAGAUCCUGGGUGCAGACGUGCGGCAGGUGAAGCGUGCCGACGCCGGUGCCGUUCUGGCCGACACGCUGCGCCACUUCCUGUUUGACCUUCAGGUGGAGGACGGACUCGGCGCCGUCGGAUACGAUAAGGACGACAUACCGGCUCUGGUGAAAGGAACGCUGCCUCAGGAACGCGUGACCAAACUGUCUCCGCGGGCGCACACCGAGGAGGACCUGAGCCGCCUGUUUGAGACCUCCAUGAAGCUGUAUUGAGCCACCUGCAGCCACCAGGGGGCUCCACCUUCAGCCUGCUGUUAAUUAAUCAGCAUUUGACCGGGUCAGAACCGGGUCAGAACCGGCCUCUAAUGAAUUGUGAUUUAAAUUUUCAUGGAAAACAGAUCCAGAACCUGAAGUUCUGAAGGAAUCAAGUGAUGAUGUUGGAUCAGAACCGGGUCGGAUCAGGACCGGUCUCUAUUGAAUCAUGUUUUAAAUCUUCAGUGAUUUAAAAACAGAACCUGAGGUUCUGACAGAAUCAUGUAUGGACCGGGUCGGAUCAGAACCGGCUGGUUUUGUGAUAUAAAUUUUUGUUUUUGUUUUAGAACUUAGACUUUUAUUAUUUUUACAGAGCAAUGAUACAACCAGGCAUUAAUAGUACAUAACACAAAUGUUGACAAUAUGAAAUUUCCAUAAAAUAAACAUCUUAGUCACAAUUGUAGGUUCAUCAUCAUACAACCCCAAAAUAAGGAAACACUUUGGGAGGGAUAGCUAAACAUCAUAUGUCAGGAGACAAACGUGUUGAGUUUAUUUACAUCCACAGAGCCUCUGCUGGCCCCCAGCGCAGGAUAAAAGUGUUUUUUUGAAGUCUUAAUGAGUAGGUUAUGUUUUCCAUUUUAUACAGUUCCCUUACUUUUUGAACCCAUGAGUCGUAGGAAAGAGGCUCCAGCUGCAUCCACCUGAUUGUGAUGCAUUUCAGGGCAGCUGUAAAAAGGACAUUUAACAGAAAUGCUUUGGCUCGUCCUUACAAACCAUCUGGUAUAAUCCCAAGUAGCGCAACUGCAACAUCCUUUGGUGUAACUCCUGGGAAGAUAUGAUUUAUAGCUCUGUACACCUCAUCCUAAAGUUUGGAAGUUUGGGGCAUGACCAAAAAAUAUGUGUAUGAUUGGGGGACCGCUGAUUUUAACUUUUUGAUAAGAAUAAAAUUGUCUGAAUCUG